AUGGCUAAGGAUACGAAAGAGAAAGAGAAGGCUAAUGAGACCUCCAAUGUUCUAGAGGAUAUUUUUGGAGCACCAUCGGCAGUUGAUUCCAGCGUUAGCUCGUUGUUCAGUCAGCCGAGUGCAGUAGAUCAAAAUGCUCUUCUAGUAAGAAAGAGAGCUAUUAUCAAUCCGAAACGUAAAAUCAAGAAGGAUACAGCCGACAAAAACAAUACGGAGUCCAAGCAGAGUGAAUCUGCGGAUGUGGAAGAGGACAAUGAAGAAAAGUCUGAACCAGCAUUAAAGAAACAGAAACGAGGAUCUAAAGAAGAUGAGGACGAAGACCUGGAAACUAGAUAUCUAGCUAAGUUGAAUGGAAAAGAGAAAGAUUCUUCUGAAAAAUCUGAAGACAAAAAGAAGGGGAAGAAAGCUAUAAAACGAGUGGAUCCCAAUGCAGUGAAAGAAUCUGCUUUUGAACAAUCAGAACGUACUGUGUUUGUGGGAAACUUACCAGUGAUAGUAGCCAUAGAGAGAGAGGAAAAAGAGGAAUUUAAAGAAUACAUGGCCAAGAUUGGACCAGUAGAGUCGAUUAGAUUCAGAUCUAUCGCCUUUAAGCUUCCAAUGCCAAGAAGGGAUGCGUUUUUGAGUAAGGCGUUCGAUGAGACUAGAUCUGCACUUAAUGCCUACGUCGUUUACGAGAAUAAGAACGAUUCUAAAAAAGCAAAAGAACUCAACGGCAAAGUGUUCAAAGAUCAUCAUUUGAGAGUGGACCAUGUAGCUCAUCCGUCCCCACAAGACAACAAGAAGAGUAUUUUCAUUGGAAACCUUGAUUUUGAAGAGGAGGAGGAAAGCUUAUGGAAGUAUUUCACAGAAAAAGUUGGCCAAGAUAAAGUAGAGAACGUCCGUAUCAUUAGAGACACCAAGACGAACUUUGGUAAAGGAUUUGCCAUGGUUCAAUUCAAGGAUUUUCUGGAGGUAGACAAGUGUCUAAUGUUGAAUGGAGAAGAAUUAUCCACCAGUGUUAAACCAAAGAAACGUACCAUGCGUAUCUCUCGUUGCAGAAAUAUCCCCAAGCCAGCUGACAAGUGGUUUGGAGGCAAAGAGCAUACCAAUUUAUCCGAAAAGGAUAAAACCAUCAUGGGAAGAGCAAAAAAGGUGCUCAGUAAGAAAGACAGAGCUUUAGUUGGAUCCUUAGUCAUUGAAGGGCAACGUGCUGAGAAAGGUGUCAAGGUAAGAGGUAUGUCUGGAAAGGGUAAAGCUACAGGGGUGAAGAAACCACGUUCGAAAGAAGGAAGGGCUGCUAGACGAUCAGAAGAGCACAAGAAGAAGUUGGAACAGGAACUCAAAGAAAAGACCAAGUAG